GACUCGGUGGAGAGGAGCGAGGAAGAUGAUGAUGAGGAUGCACGAGGUGGUCGAGAUGGUCGAAAAAGAGAUGAGGGGAAAAGGAGGCGGGGAAGUAGGGAGCGGGAAAGAGAAGGAGAUGGAGGCCAAGUGAAGAGAGGUACGAUAUAUAUGAUUUCAAGAGGACCGACGGACGGGGACUCGAAUAAUGCAAGGAGAGGCCAAGUUCGAGCAAUCAAGAGGAAGAGGGAAGAGGUGAGUAUCACGGCCCGAGUACCAGAAAUCAGUUUUCGAGCAGAGGAUGCAGCGGGGGUGGUGGUGCCUCACAAUGAUGCCCUGGUAAUUACGGCCGAAGUUGCAGGUUUUGACGUAAAAAGGGUGUUUAUAGACACAGGGAGUGCGGUCGAUGUCAUGUUUUAUGACUGCUUUGUACAAAUCAACCUGGAGUUGAAUGUCGAGCUAAAGCCGGUGGCCACGGCCUUGUAUGGUUUUAACGGCGGGGAGGUUAUGCCAAUGGGAGAAGUGACUCUAUGUGUAGCAUUUGAAAAGGGAGCGACUCGGAAGGUUCGAAUAGUGAGAUUUGUGGUCGUAGGAGCUGAGUCAUCCUACAACAUCAUAAUGGGGAGAACGAGCUUGAACGCGUUCCAGGAAGUCGUAUCCACGUACCACAUGACGAUCAAAUAUCCGGUGGGCGAAAACGUUGGUGAGAUUGCUGGGGACCAACUUACCUCGAGAAGCUGCUACCAGACCACUGUAAGCAACAACAAGCAAUUAGCAAGGCGGCAGGUGCACCUCAAGGGGGAGGAAGUUAAUCGACCGGUAGGGUCGAGGUCGAAGGAGGAAAGACAUAAGCCAGAGAAGGGGAAGGAGAAUGCCAAAAUGCAGUCGGGUGGCGAAGUGGAGGAGAUACAAAUGGUCGAGGGGUGCGAAGAAAGAAAGUUCCGGAUUGGGAAGGAAUUGGAGGAGCCGGUGAAAUCGAGGCUAGUUAAGGUGAUAAGAGAUUUUGCGGAUGUGUUCGCAUACUCGACGGAGGAGUUGACCGGCAUCAAGGCCGAG